AACAACGCACCCAACCGCUUUAUUCAUCUCUCCUUCCUUCCUCAAGAGCAGAAUUAUCUCUCUCUCUCCCCCUUAAAGUUUGUUAUUUUUUGCAGAACCAGCCCUUCAUCGACUUCAAGGUUUUGGUUUGCUGACGGUGUAUCAGUAUUGCAUACUUGUAUUGAGUUCGAACUCGAGAUGAACAAUAUUUAGUACCCAAGUUCUGGAAUGAUGAUAUGACUGCACCUACAGGGACUUUUUGGUCAAUUGGACUUCUGAAAAAAUGGAUAUCAAUUGAAGCCAUGUCUUAUCUUCAAGAUUUAUUGGCACGAUCUUCUGCCAUUUUCUGAGAGUCCUAGUCAGCUGUAGUAUUCUGAGAGCUACUUUAUAUGGUACUAACCACUAAAGACUCCAUUUUUAACUUGCUCAGGUAGUAUUGAAUUGGAAUUUACACUAAGAACUGGAUCCAUCCACCUGAGGUAGUGGAGGCCAUAUUUGAGAUGGAAAAAAAGGUUGCCUUGAUGGUGAUAGUGUCAUGAUGUUUAGAUUGAUCAUUCUCGACCCUUUGUUUAGUGAUGGAAAAUGUCACAGUUCAAUGCAGUCUAGUGAGGUCAUUGAUCUGAACUAAGCACAAGUAUGUUCGCUUUUGUGUUUACAUUGUACAUACUAAGGUGACGGAGAGGCUGGCUAAGUUAUAAUGCCAUGGGCAAUUCCAUUGACUUCGUAAAUGUUUUGGUGGUCAAUUCAUUCUUCUCAUUGCCCUAGUAUUUGGAGUUCUGUGAUGUUGCUGUAUGUUGGUGUUAUAUAGAGCGGUGAGCUGAUGGAUAUACUGAUGAUUGUGUGCUUAGGUGUUGUCAAUGAAAAGUUAUCACGGUGACCAGCUUUUGAUACAUUGACACAUGCCAUCUCUGGAUAAUCUUGUGCUUAGGUGAUGGGACUGAACCAUGUAGUUUGGUUUGCAAUAUUUGACGGGCGAUGCUUAAUUAACAAGUGGAGAUUUGGAUCUAGUGCCUCUUAUCAUUAGCCUUGUGGUGAUUGAUUGCCCGUAAGUAGAGGGCAAUCAGGUGCUGAUGUUUGUAUCACUGAAACACAGAGCUUGGUUCCCUAAGAUUGGUGUAGGAUACCAGGGUGGAGGGAAAAGUUUGGUGUUGCCAUUGCCUGGAUAUUAGGCAGUGGGCUGCUUACUCAUAUUUGGUUUCUUCAGAUUGGCGUAGCUGCGUAGGUUAUCAGGUUUGAUGGCACCCUCGACUUGUUGUAUGGUCUUUUCUGUGCUUUCACACGAAGAAAAGUUUCCAGAUUUCAGAUUUUUGAGAAUAUCCCGGUUUCUUUUUUUAGGACAUCUUCUUGUUGCUGACAAGUCUCACUGGAGAGAAUCUUAACAAUACUAAUAUCAUGCUUCUUUCUUCUGAGCUCUCCAAUCUCAUCUUAUAGGGUGCGAGUAUACCUCUUCUUAUAGGGUACAAGUAUACCUCUUUAUUUGUACUCUAUAGCUUCAAUUGCAAACUUUCUCAAGACGUGUAAGAAGACAACACCAUUUAAGUCUUCAGAGGAAGAUUCUCUUCGUAUUGAGCGAGGGAUUUGUAAGUGUAGAAACUUGUUGUAGACUUAGAAGGCUCCAGGUUUAAGCAACAUGUAUAUUUUUUUGGCUAUACUAACCUGAUCUUGUGGGUUUACAGUUUUCAGAAUCUGUAUCUAAGUCUUACUUUUUGUAAUCGUUGACUUAACCUCAACUUGGUUUUACAUGAUAGAAAGGUAUUGUAGGGCAGCAAUAAAAUGUAAGCAAUGUUUUGUUUAUUAUUAUGGAUCUAUGUGCAAUUCCCGGUUUAUCCUUUCUAUUUGACGAUUGAUAUAUUCUCUUAAUAAUAUCACAGAUUUAUUUUGUUGGGUUUUUUAAACAUAACUACGCCUUCUCUCUUUUUUUGUUCUGGGGUUGAUUACUUCUAUUUGUUUCUUCUUCUAACAGAAGCCACACGUUUUAUUACAAUAGUUAUAAAUAAAAAAAUUACGUUGUCUUCAUUUCAAUAUUAUCAUACUGUCGGAAUAAAAUACCAUGUUACUCCUUUGUAUCCAUAAUCUUUUUGACUUUUGCAGCUUCAUGCAUGACAAGUAUUGAGUUAUAUACUUGUUCUUCUCAUGAAUUUUCGUAUUUUUCUUUGAGUCAUGUUUAUGCCUAUCCUAGAAUUGCCCGUGACUUCCAACUUUUAUAUGUGCUGCAUGGUGUACAGUGCAUCUAUGCAGUGAUCAUCAAAGGAUUUUUUGUGUUCCACUCGUUGCUCCCAUGAACAUUUUUCAGCCAAAUGGCACACAUUUCAUUAUAUUAGUGCUCUUUUUCCUCGGUAAUACAUUUCAAUUUAUUUCAGAUCCUUUUCUUAAUAGUUUUACCACAACGCUUGAGGAGUGUCUGGUACUUUUCUGUCUCAUUUCAGCCAUUGAAUACACUGCCUCUGAUCUUCAACUUGCCCCUCCUCAGUUUUGGAGAGAGCAAUCUUUUCUUGUAUGUGAACGGCAAGUCAUCCAUAGUUCAUCUGAUAAUUUUGGGUAAAGAAGGGUUGAAACUGAUAAUUUGUGUAUACUGUCUCUGAAGGUUCUCAUCCAUUUAUUUAUUUAUUUAUCUUACAUUUUUCUAUUCUAUGUACUAAUUUUAUCUUUCAUUCAUAAAUAUCUUCAGCUUUCAUCUGGAACAUUUCCAACCACCUUGAACGUUUGACCUUGAUGUAGAAUAUGAGCCUUCAUAAAUAUUUUAGAGCUGAAAGUAUUAAGAACUGUGAGUUUUCAGAACUUGGAAGCUAGGGGGGAUCUGGAAGUGGUUUUUCUGGUCUUAGUUUGUCUAUUUAUGAUUCUAUAGCUGAUAUUUGAAUUCAAGAAAAUGCUAGUGCAAAUUGUUAUGGUGUGUUAUUGAGAUUGUUACAUCUUUUACACCUGCUAGGUGAUCUCUAAUCCUGUGAUUCAAAGUCCAAACCCAGAAAAAAAAUGGCUCCCUCUAUUUUCAUUGGAAAUGCCAUCUUAUUGGAGAUGAAAGCGAGUGACAAGGGAGUUGGUUGACAAUGACAUAGGGUGCUAGUGGGUGUGCAAUUAGGCUUUGACCGGUCCUCUGGAGCACUAUAUUUUUUUAAACAGAACUUUUACUUCAAUUUUUGGCCUUGAUUAGAAUGGAGAUUGGUGGAUCAAAGUGUGAAAGCACAUUUAUAGGCACGGCUCUCUUGGUCAAGUAUCUAUUUGGUGAUGUUGUGGCAUAUGCUUCAUACUUAGUCAAACUAUUUUGAAAAUUUAAAUUGGUAUGUGAAGCAGGAACUUGGUGGGUUAAAUCUUCCUUAAAAUGCAUUUUGCCUUGCCAUCUCUGGAAGUUAAUUGUCAUCUUGCAUUUAUAUUUGUGUUGGUUGCAUUUUUCCACUGUUGGAACUUGAUGACAAGUUUUAAUUUCUUUGAAACUUGUUUGGUUUUGGUUUGAGGGGUCUUCUCUUAUCUUCUGAAGUCUGUUGAAGAAUUUUUUCAAUUAGAAUUUGUAACAAGGUUGCUACUUUCUUUUUCCCAUCCACACUCUGAAUUGCACAAGAAUUCUCCUUUGUUUGUUUAAAAAAGAAAAAUUAAUUAUUUCCGGCAAUAUUUAUAUAAAUUUUUCCAUAAUGGGCUACUUAUCAAGAUUUUAUGGUUAAUGGCAAAAACACAUGGAGGCCCUAGGCUUCUGUAGAAGUAAAAUAUAAUAUUAAUCAAUGUUUUGAGAUCCCUUCCCUGUUUUGUGCAGGUUGUGGGUUUGUUUGGUAGAUUCUGUUCUAGCUCAUAACUUGUUCGUAGCUGUGAGGUGACGAAAGUUAUGGGACAUAGACAUCAGUUCAGCACAUCUCAUGUUUUUGAGGGUGAAAAUGAUCAGAAUUGGAAUCAUAUGAACACGGAGCAACCUUAUGGGCAUUUGGCAGCCAGGGCUGGCACUGGAGAGAACGGUUCUUUCUUAUAUCCUGUAGAAAAUAUGUUUAUAGACGGGAUGCCUUUUGCGUCAAAUUGGAAUCCGGCUCUGAGGUCAUAUGGGUAUUCUAACUUGAACCACAAUGUUGAUGUGCCACAUUAUCAACCUGAUGCUUCUGGUCCAUCGCAUGAUCCUUUUCAGCAUCCAUUGGGUGCUGGCACCUUUGGUACGGUCGGUGGAAAUUAUGCUCACCAUGCACCCUCUUCCAGUUAUGACCGGAGGGCAUUCCAUGGUGUUGAGGGUGGUUUUGUCGAUCUCACAAUGAGCAAUGGAAGAGGGCCUCACAAGCGAAAAAGCCCAGGGAUCCCUUCAGUAUCUGAGAGGGGCAGCACAAGCAGAUACUAUAGUGCUGGAAGUAGUUCCUCUGAGCUCCCUAGAUCUUCAGAAUUACAGCAGGAGAAAGUAAACAUGGAUACCCCAUACAUGCCUUGGGAUCACAUGUCUAUGAUGCCCAGUUAUAGAGGGAAUGGACUCUCAAUUAGGGGUGAGGGAUCCAUGCGAAAUGUGAGAAGCCGGUCUGAACAUGAUUUGGAGUCCAACUUAGCUAGGACACAUUUGUCGAGCAAUCCUUUACAUAGUUCUUAUUCUACAAAUCUCCCCCCUAUUGACCAUUCUAGUACGAUGGAUCUUUCUGGCCAGGGUUCUAUUGGUUUGACCCAUGAGUGGAAUCAUAUUAAUGUGUCUCCUUCUCAUGGAAGGAUUAUAACUCCAGAUGCAAGUGGUUUCAGUCAUGAUCCCAACCACUUCCUUGUAGGAAGCAGUGUGGGUAAUGCUUCUGUGGAAACAGGGUUAUACCAUCAUGAUUUCAUGUCAGGCAGAGCCACUGCUGUUCCUCAAAGUUAUCCUGGUGCCUUACCGCAAUCUGUAAGGGGAGUUCGUAGUAGCUAUUCUCAAAGAUCUGCCCCAACCUUCAGGGCUUCUUCAAGCAACUUGCGAGUGGGACAUGCACCACAUUCAGAAGAAGGAUUGCAGUUGGCGUCUGAAAGUUAUCCUAGACAUCCUAGGCCAGUGGCCACAGUUGGGUGGCGUAACAGUGAUAGGAGUGGUAGGUCGAGGAUGUCUAAUGAUAGAUUUCGGGUCUCUGAAGAGACUGGUCUCCAGGAUCGGUUUUCGUCUGAGGGUUUUAUGAUUGUGGAACGCCCAGCCUUGUAUGGGUCCAGAAAUAUGUUUGAUCAUCAUAGAGACAUGAGGCUGGACAUAGACAACAUGAGUUACGAGGAACUCCUAGCGCUAGGUGAAAGGAUUGGAAAUGUCAGCACAGGCGUGUCUGAAGAUUUGAUACCAAAGUGUUUGACAGAAACGAUAUAUUGUUCGUCAGAUCAAAUCCAAGAGGAAGGCACAUGUGUGAUCUGCCUGGAAGAGUACAAGGACAGGGAUGAUGUCGGGGCAUUGAAAACUUGCGGCCAUGAUUACCAUGUGAGCUGCAUCAAAAAGUGGCUGUCAAUGAAGAACUCUUGUCCAAUCUGCAAAGGUUGUGCGCUCCCUGAUAAUAUGAAGUAGAAAUAAUUUAAUCACAUCGCUUGUGCUUCAUUACAUUGGCAUUCUUGUAUAUAUAUUUAGAGAUAAUCCUCAAAAUGGAGGAAGCAGACUUGUUUUGUGUAUUGUAAAGGGAAUGCUAGCCAAUUUCAAUCCAUUUGUUUCAUUUCAGGCUUCCAUUUAAAUAUUGUGAAGCCUUUUUUAAACCCUUGUUAUUUUCAUGGGGCUUUAGUGCAAAGAAUAUUUUAUUUUAUUCAUGAUCCCAAGCUUCUGCA